GAAACCUAAAAGGAAAUCACCUGGCAAUCCAAGAAGCCGAAAUCGCGUCGAAUCUCGGCUUGUGGCGAGAAGAAGUUAAGGAAGCCAUAUUAUUUUCCCUUGUAAUCUAUCUAAUAAAUAAAUAAAUAAAUACAUGCAUCCAUCCAAUCCAAUUCUCUUUAACGAAAAACAACUUUUGCCCUAAUCUGAGGUAAACCCUAAAAUUCCCAGGUAUCUUUUCUUCUUCUUCUGAUCAUAAUUAUAGAUAUAGAUAGAUUAUUAUUAUUAUGGCAACAAAAAAAGAGCCAAGUUUAAAGAAACUGGAGUACUAUUCACUGGUAUCCAAAGUCUGUACGGAACUCGAAUCCCACCUGGGUUUCACCGACAAAACCUUAGCCGAAUUCAUUACAUCGAUAGGUCGAAAAUGCCAUUCUGUUGAUGAGUUUGACCUUAAGCUCAAAGAAAACGGCGCCGAGAUGCCCGAUUACUUUGUCCGAACCCUACUCACCAUCAUCCACGCCAUCUUGCCCCCCAAAACCAAAGAUACUACUGCUAAGGAUAAGGAUAAGGACGGCUGGAAAGCUCUUAAUAUUGCCGAUACCAAGGACCGUGUCAAGGAGUUGGAGAAGGAGAUUGAGAUGGAAGCCAAGGAGAAGAAACGGAACCACGAGUAUCCACGGGAUGAGAUUAGUAGAGAUGGUAGGAGUCGGGAUAGAGAUAGAGAUGGUAGGAGAAACCGUGAUGGCGACAGGGACAGGGAUAGAGAUCGGGAUUACAGAAGUGGUCGCAAUGGCGACAGGUAUGAUAGAGAUGACAGAGGCGCUCGAGAUAGGGACAGGGACAGGGACAGGGACAGGGGUGAGAAGAAGAUUUAUGGAGGGAAAUCGGACGACAUUGAGCUCUAUCAGGUCUAUAAAGGGAGGGUGACUCGGGUUAUGGACAGCGGCUGUUUUGUGCAGAUUCUUGAUGUCCGGGGAAAAGAGGGUUUGGUUCACGUGUCACAGAUGGCCACUAGACGAAUAGCAAAUGCCAAAGAUGUGGUUAAGCGUGAUCAGGAGGUUUAUGUUAAAGUCAUUUCAGUUUCGGGCCACAAGUUGUCCUUGUCCAUGAGGGAUGUUGAUCAGACUUCUGGGAGGGACCUGUUGCCGUUGAAGAAGAGUGGUGGUGGUGAGGAUGAUGAUUUGUCGAGAGGGAACCCGUCUAGGGGAUUGGGUACUGGUGGUGGUUCAAUGUCUAGGACGGGGUUAUCUGGGAUAACGAUUACUGAAGAGGAUGUUGGGGUUCCUUCAAGGAGACCAUUGAAGAAAAUGAGUUCCCCAGAGAGGUGGGAGGCGAACCAGCUCAUUGCUUCUGGUGUUUUGAGUGUGAAAGAAUAUCCGAUGUUUGACGAAGAAACUAAUGAUGGAAUGGUUUAUCAGGAUGAAGGUGGGGAUGAAGAGCUUGAGGUGGAGCUAAAUGAAGACGAGCCUGCGUUUCUGCAAGGACAGAGUCAUUAUUCAAUGGAUAUGUCCCCAGUGAAGAUCUUUAAAAACCCUGAGGGUUCAUUGAGUCGCGCAGCAGCUUUACAGACUGCUUUGAUAAAGGAAAGGAGAGAAGUGAGGGACCAGCAGCAGAGAACGAUGCUCGAUUCUAUCCCGAAAGAUCUGAAUCGACCGUGGGAAGAUCCUAUGCCUGAGUCAGGGGAAAGGCAUUUAGCACAGGAGUUGAGGGGAGUUGGGUUGUCAGCAUAUGACAUGCCCGAAUGGAAGAAAGAUUCUUAUGCUAAAGCAUUAACAUUUGGUCAAAGAUCAAAGCUUUCUCUUCAAGAACAGAGGCAGAGCUUGCCUAUAUACAAACUGAAGAAGGAAUUGGUUCAGGCUGUGAAUGAUAACCAAGUUUUGGUUGUUAUUGGUGAAACGGGGUCAGGGAAGACAACUCAGGUGACCCAAUAUCUAGCUGAGGCAGGUUACACCACCAAAGGUAAAAUAGGAUGUACCCAACCCCGAAGGGUGGCUGCAAUGUCUGUGGCCAAGAGGGUGGCUGAAGAGUUUGGCUGUCGUUUAGGUGAGGAAGUAGGAUACUCCAUUCGUUUUGAGGACUGUACCUGCCCGGAAACCGUGAUUAAGUACAUGACUGAUGGUAUGUUGCUGAGGGAAAUUCUGGUCGAUGAAAACCUGUCUCAGUAUUCAGUGGUAAUGCUUGAUGAAGCUCAUGAGAGAACAAUGCAUACCGAUGUCCUCUUUGGGUUAUUGAAAGGUCUCGUGAAUAGAAGACCCGACCUCCGAUUAAUAGUCACUUCCGCCACAUUAGAUGCUGAGAAGUUUUCUGCCUAUUUCUUCAACUGCAAUAUUUUCACAAUUCCGGGAAGAACAUUUCCGGUGGAGAUACUUUACACUAAACAGCCUGAAAGUGAUUACGUUGAUGCAGCUUUGAUUACUGUAAUGCAGAUCCACUUGACCGAACCCGAGGGCGAUAUACUUGUCUUUUUGACCGGGCAGGAGGAGAUCGAUCAUGCUUGCCAGUGUUUAUAUGAGAGGAUGAAAGGUUUGGGUAAAAAUGUGCCGGAAUUGAUCAUAUUACCGGUUUAUAGUGCCCUUCCAAGUGAAAUGCAAUCCAGGAUUUUUGAACCUGCACCGCCAGGGAAGAGAAAGGUGGUGGUUGCCACUAAUAUUGCUGAAGCAUCUUUGACCAUUGAUGGGAUCUUCUAUGUCAUUGACCCUGGUUUUGCCAAGCAGAAUGUGUACAAUCCGAAACAGGGUUUUGAAUCACUCGUCAUCACUCCGAUAUCCCAGGCAUCAGCUAAGCAACGGGCUGGGCGUGCAGGACGUACAGGACCAGGAAAGUGCUACAGAUUAUACACCGAGAGCGCAUUUAACAAUGAAAUGUCGCCUACAUCAAUUCCAGAAAUUCAAAGAAUAAAUCUUGGAUUGAUUACAUUAAAUUUGAAAGCAAUGGGGAUAAAUGAUCUAUUGUCUUUUGAUUUCAUGGACCCACCUUCCCCUCAAGCUCUGAUUUCUGCACUGGAACAGCUAUAUACUCUUGGAGCUCUUGAUGAAGAAGGGCUUCUAACCAAACUGGGUAGAAAGAUGGCGGAGUUCCCCCUUGAACCUCCGUUAUCUAAAAUGCUCCUUGCUAGUGUUGAUUUGGGUUGCAGUGAUGAAAUAUUGACCAUCAUUGCCAUGAUUACAACUGGAAACGUUUUUUACAGACCUAGGGAAAAACAAGCCCAAGCUGAUCAAAAGAAAGCCAAGUUUUUCCAACCCGAGGGUGACCAUCUUACUUUACUUGCUGUUUAUGAGGCUUGGAAAGCCAAGAACUUUUCGGGACCAUGGUGUUUCGAGAAUUUUGUCCAGUCAAGAUCGCUUAGGAGGGCCCAAGAUGUCAGGAAGCAGCUGUUAUCCAUUAUGGACAAAUACAAAUUGGAUGUUGUGAGUGCCGGAAAGAACUUCACCAAGAUACGGAAGGCAAUUACAGCCGGAUUUUUCUUCCAUGCUGCCCGGAAAGACCCUCAAGAGGGAUACCGUACCAUAGUUGAGAACCAGCCAGUUUACAUACACCCGAGCAGCGCUCUUUUCCAAAGACAACCAGAUUGGGUCAUCUACCAUGAGCUUGUGAUGACAACAAAAGAAUACAUGCGUGAGGCCUGUGUUGUGGAUCCAAAAUGGCUAGUUGAAUUGGCACCAAGGUUCUUCAAGGUGUCUGAUCCCACGAAGAUGUCCAAACGAAAACGACAAGAACGGAUCGAGCCUCUAUAUGAUAGGUAUAAUGAACCCAAUUCGUGGCGUUUGAGCAAGCGACGGGCUUGAUCAGUGGUUUAUCAUGGAUUCUACGUUGUAAUGUGUAACAGUUUUGUUUCUUGUACCAAAUAGACACGCAACUUUGUAAAUCGCAGGCUUUUCUUGUUAUUUAUUGAUAGAUAUAAUGUUGCUUUAGCAAA